AUGUACGGUGAUUUGAUUCGAGAACUCAGUGCUAUGAGUUCUCCUUGGACAUUUGUGGCUUGGGGUAUGGAUAUCACUGGUUCAAUAGAGCCAGCUGCCUCUAAUAAACAUAGGUUCAUUCUAGUUGCGAUUGACUACUUCACCAAGUGGGUGGAAGAAGCCUCGUAUAAAUCAGUUACGAAGAAGGUAGUAGCAGACUUCGUCCAUAACAAUUUGAUAUGUAGAUUUGGAAUGCCAGAUUCCAUCAUUACCGAUAAUGGAGCAAAUUUCAAUAGUCAUUUGAUGGAAGAGAUAUGUGAGCAAUUCAAGAUUAAUCACCAAAACUCAACCGUGUAUCAUCCUCAAAUGAAUGAAGCCGUAGAAGCUGCGAACAAGAACAUCAAAAAGAUCUUGAGGAAAAUGAUUGACAAUCACAGAGAAGUUGAAAUACCUUCGUUGAGAAUCAUUCAAGAAGCUGAAUUGAGCAAUGCUGAUUGGGUUCGUGAUCGAAUUGAACAUUUGGCUUUGACUGAUGAAAAGAGAAUAACUGUUGUUUACCAUGGUCAAUUGUACCAACAAAGAAUGAUUCGUGCUUUUAACAAUCGAGUGAGACCAAAAACGUUUGAAGUUGGUCAAUUGGUUCUCAAACGCAUUUUUCCACAUCAAGAUUUGUAUAAAGGAAAGUUCGCGCCAAAUUGGCAAAGACCAUACAUGGUUCGCAAAGUGUUAUUUAGAGGUGCCUUAAUAUCUUCCAAAAUGGAUGGCCAAGAGUGGCCGAAACCAAUCAACUCAGAUGCCGUCAAGAGAUACUACGUUUGA